GCGUGCGCCCCUGCGAACGUCCGCAAGAGCCGAGCUGUAGCGAGCGCUGGGGCUGGGCGCGCAGGACAGAAAAGGAGGCGGCGGCCGCGGCUGCUAGCAACAGAUCAGGGCUCCGCGAGCAGACCCGAUCUGCUCUUGGGCGAUUUUUUUUGUUUCAUUUCAGAAACAUCAGUUAAAUUAGAAAAUCUUGCAUUUUGAAAUGGCGCUGGCCCCUGGUCAGCGGGCGAUUUUCUCUGCUUCAAGAUGGGCUUUGCCGUUUCGGUCGUGGGCACCAGUGGUGGCCUGAUUGUCAGUCUUCUCCGGGCAUUUUUAAGGCCAGGAGCGGAGCGCUGCCUGUAGGCGCCCUACGGAGCGGGUUGGCUUUAAAAAUAUUUUAGUAUUAUUUUGGGCAGAGAACAGUCGAUCUCGGGCAUUUCGUCCUCUUUGCAGAAGAGGCUGCGAGUCGGAGGUGGGUCACUCGGACGGUGAAAUUCCUCCCGGGGUGAGAGAUCCCCGGCCCCGCGCACAGUCCAGGCGGCUCCAAGUGUGUGUCCUGCCCCUGCCCGCGCCGGGAAAAUGGAGGCUGUGAUUGAGAAGGAAUGCAGCGCGCUCGGAGGCCUCUUCCAGACCAUCAUUAGCGACAUGAAGGGGAGUUAUCCGGUUUGGGAAGAUUUCAUUAACAAAGCUGGAAAACUGCAGUCCCAGCUUCGGACAGCAGUAGUAGCAGCAGCUGCCUUCUUGGACGCCUUCCAGAAAGUGGCUGACAUGGCCACCAACACACGUGGUGGCACCAGGGAGAUCGGAUCCGCCCUGACCAGGAUGUGCAUGAGGCAUCGGAGCAUAGAAGCCAAGCUGAGGCAGUUCUCCAGUGCUUUAAUCGAUUGUCUGAUAAACCCGCUUCAAGAGCAGAUGGAAGAAUGGAAGAAAGUGGCCAACCAGCUGGAUAAAGACCACGCGAAAGAAUAUAAAAAAGCUCGCCAAGAGAUAAAAAAGAAGUCCUCAGAUACACUGAAACUGCAGAAGAAAGCCAAAAAAGUGGACGCUCUCGGGCGAGGUGACAUCCAGCCCCAGCUGGACAGCGCGCUCCAAGACGUCAAUGACAAGUAUCUCCUGUUGGAAGAAACAGAGAAGCAAGCUGUCCGGAAGGCUUUGAUCGAAGAACGCGGCCGGUUCUGCACCUUCAUUUCUAUGCUGCGGCCCGUGAUUGAGGAAGAAAUCUCAAUGCUGGGGGAAAUCACUCACCUGCAGACCAUAUCGGAGGAUCUGAAAAGCCUGACCAUGGACCCUCACAAACUGCCUUCCUCAAGUGAACAGGUGAUUCUGGACUUGAAAGGCUCUGAUUACAGUUGGUCGUACCAGACCCCACCCUCUUCUCCGAGCACCACGAUGUCCCGCAAGUCAAGCGUCUGCAGCAGCCUGAACAGCGUCAACAGCAGCGACUCGCGGUCCAGCGGCUCCCACGGCUCCCACUCGCACUCGCCCAGCUCCCACUUCCGCUACCGCGGCUCCAGCCUGGCCCAGCAGGCGCCCGUGCGGCUGUCCAGCGUGUCCUCCCACGACUCAGGGUUCAUCUCCCAGGACGCCUUCCAGUCCAAGUCGCCGUCCCCCAUGCCGCCCGAGGCCCCCAACCAGUUGUCUAACGGGUUUUCUCACUAUAGUUUAUCAAGUGAGCCCCAUGUGGGGCCCGUAGGGGCGAGCCUUUUCCCUCAUUGCCUGCCCGCCUCCCGCCUGCUCCCUCGGGUCACCUCUGUCCAUCUUCCAGACUACGCUCAUUAUUACACCAUUGGGCCCGGCAUGUUCCCGUCAUCUCAGAUCCCUAGCUGGAAGGACUGGGCCAAGCCAGGACCUUAUGAUCAGCCUCUCGUGAACACCCUUCAGCGCCGCAAAGAGAAGCGAGAGCCAGACCCCAGCGGAGGAGGCCCCACUGCAGCAGGAGGUGUCCCCACUGCUACCGAGGAGGCCCAGAGGCCAAGGAGCAUGACCGUGUCGGCCGCCACCAGGCCUGGAGAGGAGAUGGAGGCUUGUGAGGAACUGGCACUGGCCCUGUCUCGGGGCCUCCAGCUGGACACCCAGAGGAGCAGCCGGGAUUCGCUUCAGUGCUCCAGUGGCUACAGCACCCAGACCACAACACCCUGCUGCUCCGAGGAUACCAUCCCCUCCCAAGUUUCAGAUUACGAUUAUUUCUCUGUAAGUGGUGACCAGGAGGCUGAUCAGCAGGAGUUUGACAAAUCCUCCACCAUCCCAAGAAACAGCGACAUCAGCCAGUCCUAUCGAAGGAUGUUCCAAGCCAAGCGCCCGGCCUCAACUGCGGGCCUUCCCACUACCCUCGGACCUGCUAUGGUCACCCCAGGGGUUGCAACCAUCCGACGGACCCCUUCCACCAAGCCUUCUGUCCGCCGGGGGACCAUAGGAGCCGGUCCCAUCCCCAUCAAGACACCCGUGAUCCCUGUCAAGACCCCCACCGUCCCAGACCUCCCUGGGGUGCUGCCAGCCCCUCCAGAUGGGCCUGAGGAGCGGGGUGAGCACAGCCCAGAGUCGCCGUCUGUGGCUGAGGGCCCCCAGGGUGUCACCAGUGUGCCCGCCUCAAUGUGGAGCGGCCAAGCCUCCGUCAAUCCCCCUCUUCCAGGCCCAAAGCCAAGCAUCCCUGAGGAGCCCAGACAGGCGAUUCCAGAAAGCGAGGCCGAAGACCAGGAGAGGGAUCCCCCAAGUGCCACUGCCUCCCCAGGCCAGGUUCCAGAGAGCGACCCUGCAGACCUGAGCCCGAGGGACGUCCCGCAAGGAGAAGACAUGCUGAACGCCAUCCGAAGGGGCGUGAAACUGAAGAAGACCACAACAAACGACCGCUCAGCCCCGCGCUUCUCUUAGGCUCUCUUAGGCUCACAAGAAAUGCUGCCAGUGGGGAAUGAACUGUCUAAUUAAUAAGACCUAAUUUGUCUUGAUCCAUUCCAAUCUAUAAUCAAAAGAUUUUGUAGGCAACUCAGAACACAGCUCUUUUGAAAGUACACCUUUAGGUAAGAAUUAAAAGCAACAUAUGUAACUGACAUAACCUUGAUCUUUUAAUUUGUAAAUAUCAACAGUUUUCUUUCUGCACAUUUUAAUCUUAAGUUUCCCCUUUGAUUUUUCUGAAGGUGCCAAAUUCCAUUUAACUUUUUUACAAGUCUUUGUAAAAUUUUAAAUGCAUAAGGGCGGGGGGAGGUCGGGCAGGGGAACCACAAAGUUAGUGAUUUCAGAAGAAAGGGUAACUAUACUUAGCUUUUUUCCUUUUGUUUUCCUGCGAGCUUUUGUAGAUGCAUUGUAGUAGUCUGGCUUAGGAGCAAAUCCAAGUUAUUUUAAUGUACAAACAAAAUGGAUAGAGAGUAAAAAUCCUUAUCCAAGCAAACUACUUUCGGGAUGAGAAAUGCAGGAGUCAGUUGAUGAGCAAUAUCUGGAGUGAAGUAACUCUGGAAAUGGUAGACUGUGUUGGGAUUGGGGGGAGGGUUGGGGGAGGGGCACACUGUCAACAUAGCCGAUCCUGUUACAUUUAAGGGUAGCCUCGUAGGUUGAAUUUCUAGUAGCUUCAUGGUAAAUGCAUCCGAAUAAGCCAUACUGGAUUGCAGUGUUUGUUUCUGUAGGGUGUUUAAGGACUUCCUUUCUCCCACGAUUCCUCCUGACUGCACACAGCACCCACCUCCAGUCCUGUGCAUGCGGCCGCCACCGGGUAGACAUAGAACCCCCACUUCAGUUACUCGUCUGUUAUACCCACUUUCAUUGAGUCCAAAUGCAUCCAAAAUGGUAAGGCAGUUUUAAAAAUGUGAAAACAUUUAAAAAUGAUAGCAGGGAAUUCUUAGAUAUAGCAAAUGCCUUUUACUUAACUGUGCCCAGCAGGCUGGGUACGUUGAAAAGCCCAAAUAUUUUGAAAAAACUCGAGCGGAUUUAACAAGGGUAACCAGCUUGGAGUCUAGCAACUUGCCAAUGUGUUUACCAGUCUGGGGGCUUGUUUUUCUUACCUUCUUUUAAAUAAGUGGCAGUUAACUGGCUUCAUACUAAACAUCGGAGAGGAGGAUUUCUUUCUUGUCACCUGGAAUCUGACCACUAUACUGUCCUCUUUUUUGUAUUUUAGGUAAUGUUUUUUGGAAUGGAUUUCUGUCUUUUCUUUUUUAAGUGAAAGUUAAAUUUGUUAUAAUGCCCAUCCCCUAAAGCCAACAGAGAUUUGUAGAUUUAAAGGGAUCACAUUUGGGGACUGUGAUGGUGUUUUUUAAAAAGAAGCCAGCCUCUUAGUGGGGUCAGUUUAAAGUGCUCAUUUGGGACCGAACCUCUCAAGGAGAAAGAGCCUGGCAGGUCCCCCAGGGCCUGCAGAUCUCUGUUGGUGCUAAGCCUCGGCUACAUACUCUUAUGCUUUAAUACAUAACUGCAUUGGAUAUGAAAGAAACAUACCUGUAUAGUCACUGUUCUAUAUAUUAACAUUUAACACUGCUGUGAUCGCUCAAGGACAUUUUAUGUUAUGGCUUUAAAGCAAAGGCAUGAUUAUUAGAAACUAUUUAAGCUUUUUUUCUUUGAAAAACAAGCUCCUUUUACAGAAUAUAAGCAACAGUAGUGCCUGUGGUUUAGCCCACCAAUCUUGAUGACUAAAAGUAGCUGAUGCAUUGUGCAUAUGAUGCUUGAGAUGGUUUUUGCAAAAGCAGAAAUCACUGCAAGGUAAUUACGUUAGAUAAAAGUGGUAUUUUAAACCUUUGAAAUAAAUGGAUGUAACUGUACCUUGGUACAGCUUUUCACUUGUUUAGUUUUUAAACGUUAGUAUAAUCUGAAUAAAUUUAAUAUAAAAUGUUGCCAAAUUCAAUGUAGAAAGAAUGUGACAAAACACCUUGGGUAGUUCUGUUUGUGUUUUUGCAUAUUGUAAAAGCAGUGUCACAGCUAAAAAUAAAGAAACUGUUUCUAAAGGUGAAUUACUGUGGUUUAGUCGCUAGUUUGUGCUGAGAGUCGGCCUCUCCCUGAGCAGUUUCUGUUCUAAACUUGUAUAAAUGACAAUGUGUAACGUGUCUCCCUUCUACCUUGUAACAGUUGCUUCAGCCUACAUUAUAAAUAAAGAACCACUAGAAAAAAAA